AAGACCAUCUAUCUCUUCUGUACACGCAAAAUAGACUCGUACCCAGUCCUCUCCUCGCGCGCGCUUUACGUGUUUUAGCACGUGCUUUUUGUGAACUCUACCAUUUUGCGCAUGCUUCAAUCGUAGGCGUGACAUCAUCAAAGAAAAAAUGCUAUGUCUAUAUGUCCUUGGUAUCUGUGCGUAAAUAGACGCCGUGUAUGUCCAGAAAACCCCACAUUGUUGCCACAAAUAGCAGAAUCAGAAGGGCAACCCAUGGCUACCGGCUCCGCAAAGAUACCAGAGGCUUCAGACAUAGACUACCGACCUUGUAGAGAUGAUUAUCGUUGCACAACGAAAGUUGCUAUCGGUUAUGAUAAAGCAACGGUUAUCUACGUAGGACAUCACCUGCCUUCGUCACAGACAGUUGUUAUUCGUCGUACUAACGUGGAAAAGCUGACAUUAGAGCAACUAGAGACCAUGCAGAAUGAAGUUCAACUGGCUAGUCUAUUUCGUCAUCCUUGUGUGAUGCCAUAUUUGGCAAGCUUUAUCGUCGAUCACGAACUUUGGUCGGUUACGCCAUUCAUGCAUUUUGGAUCUUGUUGUGACAUUAUUCGAUGUGGAUUUCCGAAUGGAGUUCCAGAAGUGAUUAUUGCUUUCGUACUGCGUGAAGUUCUCUGUGCACUCAACUACAUUCACUCGAUGGGCUGCAUUCAUCGAAGUGUCACAGCACGUCAUAUUCUAAUUGAUCGAUUAGGUCGCAUACGUUUAGCUGGUCUACGUAGUUGCUAUUCUGUAAUACAGAAUGGAAUGCUUUUGAAAUCUGCACACGAUUUUCCCGCACACGUUGUUACUUAUCCCUGGUUAGCUGGAGAAAUAUUCCAACAGAAUAUGGCUGGAUAUAAUUACAAGUCAGAUGUUUAUUCUGUUGGUAUAACAGCGUUAGAGAUGGCAUAUGGUCGGGAACCAUAUUGUGAUCUUACAGCGACACAGGUGAUGUUACUGAAACUCACCAAUGAUCCACCUCCUCUAUCUGAAGAGUACAGUAUAGAUCAGAACGUGCAUUACACAACAGCAUUUAAGCAGUUUGUUGAUAUUUGCUUACGGUCCAACCCCGGUGAAAGGCCAUCAGCAGCCAAACUUCUCCGCCACCCAUUUCUUAGGUCAAUAAAACGCAAAGAUUCUAUAGGCGGCAACGGAUGUCCAAUGUUGCCAGAUUUGCUCCACCCCGUCAUGCCAAUGGAUCCAACCGUAUCAGACAUCGUCGAAGCUCCUUCAGAGAUUACGGAGGUCACCGAAGAAGCACAGAGACUCUCCUUGAAUGGAGAAGAGUGGACGUUCACGUAAUAGACACUUAGAUAACAUAGUCUUC